CCAAGAAGUUCAGCAAAGCAGUUACGGCGGAACCCCACCAUCACCGAAAUCCAACCCCCAUACAUCUAAUAUACCAUCAUGUCGAACCCAACACAGAUCUUUGGCGACGAUGUGCAGGAAGAACGUGGAGAGAAUGCGAGAUUGUCGGCGUUCGUGGGAGCUAUUGCCGUAGGAGACCUCGUCAAGACAACAUUGGGGCCGAAGGGAAUGGACAAGAUCCUGCAGUCUGCCUCAACAGGCGAGAUCAUGGUGACCAACGAUGGCGCAACGAUCCUCAAAUCGAUAGCCCUCGACAACGCGGCGGCGAAGGUACUGGUCAACAUCUCGAAGGUACAAGACGACGAGGUUGGUGAUGGCACAACAUCGGUGACCGUGCUCGCUGCCGAGCUGCUGCGAGAGGCGGAAAGACUCGUGGACCAGAAGAUUCAUCCCCAGACUAUCAUCGACGGAUACCGUAUCGCUUCCAUCGCUGCCCUCGAUUCCCUCACGAAGGCCGCCGUUGAUAACCGCAACGACCCCGAGAAGUUCAGGAAGGAUUUGAUCAAUAUUGCGAAGACCACCCUGAGCUCGAAGGUUCUGAGCCAAGAUAAGGAUCACUUUGCGGAGCUCGCGGUCGAUGCCGUGCUCAGGCUUAAGGGAAGCACCAACCUCAACAACAUACAGAUCAUCAAGAAGGCCGGAGGAAAGUUGGUUGACUCGUACCUUGACGAGGGUUUCAUCCUGGAUAAGAGGAUUGGACUCAACCAGCCGAAGAGAUUGGAGAAGGCGAAGAUUUUGGUGGCGAACACUGCAAUGGACACGGACAAGAUCAAGAUCUUUGGAGCACGAGUGAAAGUCGACUCAACGGGCAAGCUCGCUGAGCUCGAGAAGGCGGAACGCGAGAAGAUGAAAGCUAAGGUGGAAAAGAUUAAGGCCCACGGCAUCAACUGCUUCGUCAACCGACAACUGAUCUACAACUGGCCUGAACAACUCUUUGCCGACGCCGGCAUCGUUUCAAUUGAGCACGCCGACUUCGACGGAAUUGAGCGUCUCGCCCUCGUCACCGGCGGAGAAAUUGCCUCUACCUUCGACCACCCCGAGUCCGUCAAACUUGGCCAGUGCGACCUGAUUGAGGAAGUCAUCAUUGGCGAGGACACGCUGAUCAAGUUCUCCGGCGUUGCCGCCGGCGAAGCUUGCACGAUCGUCAUCCGCGGCGCCACCGAGCAACUCCUCGACGAAGCCGAUCGUUCCCUCCACGACGCCCUCUCCGUCCUCUCUCAAACCGUCGUUGAGACCCGCACCGUUCUCGGUGGUGGCUGCUCAGAAAUGCUCAUGUCCAAAGCCGUCGAAAACGCCGCACAAAACACCGCGGGAAAGAAAGCCCUCGCUGUCGAGGCUUUCGGCCGCGCCCUCCGCCAACUCCCCACAAUUCUUGCCGACAACGCAGGUUUCGACUCGAGUGACCUUGUCGCAAAGCUGCGUGCCGCCCACCAUGCUGGUAUGAGCUCCUCCGGACUCGACCUGUACACUCCCGGCGGUCGCAUCGCGGAUAUGAGGGAGCUCGGUAUCAUCGAGUCUUUCAAGCUGAAGCGAGCGGUGGUCUCGUCGGCUAGUGAGGCGGCGGAAAUGUUGUUGCGUGUUGAUAGCAUCGUGAGGAGCAAGCCCAGGGCUAGAAAUAGGCAUUAGGCGGUAAUACGGUAAUUUGAGGUUACUCGGGGGGGAUUAGGGAUGAAUAAUAGAAGUUUGUUCCCGAUACGAAUGAUGGUGUUUAGUGAAAUUAGUAGAUAUACCUACCCUGUAAAUUGCUGUGAAUAGGAAG